AUGAAGAAGACAAAUGUUUCAAAAAAUCUUCUUUCCCCUUAUUUGUCUUUUCUAUGUAUGUUGAUUGGCUGUUUAAUCCUUUGUUAUAUAUGUGGAUUUGAACAAAGGAGAUAUUAUGAUUUUAGUACAUUUAGUGUGAGAAAUUGUAGAAUCUUAUUCGACCCUCAAAAAAAUGACUGCGUUGGAUCUUUUAAUUCCAAACAUUUAGUAAAUGAACUGGACGAAAAUUUAAGGGAUGAAUCGGAUAUCGCGUCUGAUAACAUUUUAAGAGAGAAUGAUAGGAGUAUAUUUCAUGAUAAUAACAAUAGUUCAGAGAAUAAUAAUGAUAUUCCAAUAAAUAUAAUUCCUAUUAUUCCUAGAGAAACUGAUACCAAUAUUAAUGACGAAAAUGAUGUUAAUUUGGUGACUGAUAUUGUUGAGAAUUUGCAUGAUUCUGAUGAAAUUGUUAAUAGUAAUAAUAUUAAUGAUGAACCAAAUCAGAAUAUUGAUUGUUCUGAUCUCCCAGUAUGUACUAUUGAAAAUUCAAUAUCAGAUCAUGGUACUGGAAAUAAUAAUACUUCAUCCGGUUCUAUGAAUGAUAACAUGAAUGUAGAAAGGUUUCGAAAUGGAUAUGAUUUACAUCAUAUAAAUCCUCAUAGAUCUGAUGACUUAUAUCCUAUAGGGGUAAAUGAAUUUAAUGAAAAUCGAGAGCGUCGUGGUUAUUAUAGUACUAUGAGAAAUUUUAUGGACACUGAUGAAUUUAAAAAUUCAUUGAAUAUAUAUCGCGAAAAAAUGUAUGAACUUUAUGUUCAAAUGGUAGGUGAUUUUCCUGAUUCUAGAGAAUAUAUAGAUAGGUUUCGUACAUAUUUAUACCAAAUAAACGAAAGAGAUAUUCUGGAAAGUGUUGAUUUAUUAAAUAAUGAGCAUAAUGAUAUACUUGGGAAACUUAAUUAUAGAUUACCCCAAAGAAUGAGACGUUCAUAUAGGUCGUCUAUUUUUCCUAUGGAUAAUAUUUUUAGUUGCAAUUCUUUGUCCCAUGUAAAUGGAAACUAUACAUCUGAAAAUACCGGAAGAGGUAGAGAAAUUACUAGUAUUUCUAUGUAUGAUCGUUGUCCUUAUGACUAUUAUAAUAUAUUUGAUAGAGACUAUACUGGAAAUAGAGAAAAUAUAUUAGACAAUAAUGAAAGGGAAUUGGAAUGCUCUAAAGGUGAUAUAAAUAAAGAAGAAAAUAUAGAGGAUAAUAAACAAGAAAAUAACGAAGAAAAUAAUGAAGAAAAUAACGAAGAAAAUAAUGAAGAAAAGAAAGAGGAUACUAAUGAAGAAUAUAAAAAUGAUAAUAAGGAUAGUACUGAAAAUAGCAAGGAAAAUGAUGAAAAUGAAUUAAAUAGUACGGGAGAUAAUGAAAUCCAAGUAUAUAAUGGAACGAAUAACAUAUUUGAUAAUAAUGAACAAAAUGAAUGUGGAAUGAUAAACAAUAGAACAGAUGCAAUUUCAAGAGCAUUAAAUAUACACUCUAAUACGUGUGAAGAAAAUAAUAUCAGUAUAUGGUCCGAUAGCUAUUCUGAACCUUCUAUGGAUUAUGAAUAUCGUCUUAAUUCGUUCAAUAGAUCAAGAGCUAGAUCUGAGAGUCAUGGAAGAAUUCGAGAAUCAACGGAUACAUUCCAAGAACCAGAAUUCGUUCCAUUAUUUAGGCAAGAUAUAAUUAUAGUACCAUCAUCUGUUGAUACAGACGAAGGAGAUCAUGCAAAUGAUAUAUCUCGAUAUAUCAAUAGAAGAAAUCAAUUACGAGAAAUUCGAAGAGUUCGACGAUUUCUAUUAAUACGACAAAUGAGAGAAUCACAACAAAUGAGACCAACACAUCGAGAGAGGGAAACAGAUGAAGAGGAAGAAACAGAUGAAGAGGAAGAAACAGAUGAAGAGGAAGAAACAGAACAAGAGGAAGAAACAGAACAAGAGGAAGAAACAGAACAAGAGGGAGAAACACAACAAGUUGGAGAAACACAACAAGUGGGAGAAACACAACAAGUGGGAGAAACACAACAAGUGGGAGAAACACAACAAGUGGGAGAAACACAAGAAACAGAAGAACUGGUAAUACCAUAUAAUAGUGAAUAUGAUGAUCUUUAUUCAUCUACUGAUUCAAAUGAAGGGGAUCUACAUCCUUCGUCUGACGUUAUAACUGAAAGAAUUGAUGAGAAUGAUCAAGACAGUGAAGAUAAACAUAUAUUGGUUGAGAGAGAAAAUUCGAAAUCUUCUGUACAUGAUAGUGAAAAUUCGAAAUCUUCUGUACAUGAUAGUGAAAAUUCGAAAUCUUCUGUACAUGAUAGUAAAAGUUCAGAAUCUUCUGUACACGAUAGUAAAAGUUCAGAAUCUUCUGUACAUGAUAGUAAAAGUUCAGAAUCUUCUGUACAUGAUAGUAAAAGUUCAGAAUCUUCUGUACAUGAUAGUAAAAGUUCAGAAUCUUCUGUACAUGAUAGUAAACGUUCAGAAUCUUCUGUACAUGAGUGUAAAAGUUCAGAAUCUUCUGUACAUGAUAGUAAAAGUUCAGAAUCUUUUGUACAUGAUAGUAAAAGUUCAGAAUCUUCUGUACACGAUAGUGAAAAUUCGUAUUCAUCCUCAAGUAAUAAUGAACAGGAGCAAUCAUCAAAUAAUCAAAACGUUUUUAAGUCAGAUGGAGGUUCAAACAUUAAAACGUAUCAUGUUGAAACCAUAUACAAUGAUUUUAAUAUUCAUUUAUUACAUAAUUUUAUGGAUUAUAAUGGUUAUAAAGAUACAACAAGAAGAGAGAAUUUAGAUACUAUGUUAAAAGCGUUAGAAAAUUUACCAAAGAAGGAUGAGUCGUUGAAUAUAUGGACGUAUGCACUUAAAGUAUCAUUAGCAAUUAUAGAAUAUGUUUCAAACGAAAUAUUUUCUUUGGAAGAAAUGAUAAUAGACGACUUCGGAUGGAAUAGGGGUGAUUUUAAUGAUGAUAAUUGUAAAUGGUGUGUGGCCUAUAACAUGUUCAAAAUAUAUUUAAUAACGUUGUUUUUUCUUAUGAUUUCUAAACGAUGGAAUUCAAAUUUCUCAUAUAAAUAG